AUGGAUUUUGGGCCAUUUCAGUACGGAAACGGUACACUACCUAGGUACCUAGGUUUCCAGCUGUCUGGUCGUGAGACAUUCAUCUGCGCUUUCAAGACUCCUGCCAGCCUGGCAGGUGACGAGGUAUGCGAGUGGGUGGGACAAGUUACUCUCCUUGGUCCUCCUGUGGAUGCGCCAUUGAGACACCGUUUGCCCGAAUCCGCACAACAGCCUCCGGUAGUCCCAGAUCAGGAGGAAGAAAAAUGGCAAAUGCUAAAUUUAUUCAUACUACCGAUGCACCGCGGCAAAGGCAUUGCAAAGUCCCUCUGUUCCGAGGUUUUUCGAUGGUUACGUGAGCACAAACGUGCCUAUGGCAGACCGAGGCCUGAACAAAUACGAGUACGGGUCAUGGUUAAGCCCGAAAACAUCGCAACAGUCAAGCUCUACGAGGGAUUGGGAUUCAUGCAUACCGGAAAAUGUACACUGGCCGAGGCGCUCAAAGCAAACGGAGAUGGGAAAUUGGUGCCUGCAGAUGGAGGAGGGCCAAAGUACCGAGAGAGAUCAGGCUUGAUCAUGGCAACCACUUUUGAGAGGCACUGA